GCGCUCAAAAGUUCUAGAUCAUUUCCUCCACACCACCGUCUACAGAUAUGCCUAUGGUAUUGGGAUUCCCUCCCCUGGUUUUCAGGGUCAAACAGCUUCACACUCAUGUUUUUACUUUGUUUCCCUCCUUAUUUUCUCUACGCGACAUCAAGGAGACGGUCCUGUAUAUAAAGGGGGCCUGUGUCCCCUUCGCUAAGGAGAAUUAGGGACGAGAAUACCCGUCAAUCGUCCUUCUUACCUCUUCCUCUUCACGCCUACCCUUGAUGCCUUCUUCAUACUGAGUUCGUACUUUUUUCAAGGGUUAUUAGGGUCGCGCUGUGCCUAUCGUUCCACAAUUUCGGGAUCACUCGUCCUCCCCCACAAGAAACGAGGAAAACCCUUACCGACGUCAACCGCGAAAAACCCGGGCCUGACCCUCAAGCACAACUGAUCAGCAGAUCACCAAACCUCUUACUCGGCCUCUCCUUUCCCUCUCUCACUUCGCCCCAGCUAGAAAACCCCACCACCCCAUCAGGCAGAAUUGAAUCCUCCGGACAAACAAACAGAUCUACACCAAGAUCAUUAACCCAACCAUGAGAAUCCUCUUGAUAGACGCCUAUGACUCAUUUUCUCAGAACCUCGCCCAAUUGGUAACUUCUGCCACCGGGGCUACGGUUUACACUAUCCGCAUCGAUGAUUUUGCGGACAUCUCGCUUCUAAAGCCUCACCUGCCCUCUUUCGAUGCUGUGGUUAUAGGGCCCGGCCCGGGCUCGCCGGAGGUUGAGGCGGACAUUGGUGUCGUGAAUGACGUUUGGAAGUUAUCUGGCGAGGACGUCCUCCCCGUAUUUGGCGUUUGCCUGGGGUUACAGAGCCUUGUCUUCUCACACGGAGGGCGGGUGGACAGAUUGGGCACCGUGAAGCACGGCCUACUUAACGAGAUCGCGCACACUGGGGAAGGGCUUUUUGAGGGAGUUGGGAAGAUCAAUGUUGUUAGGUACCAUUCUUUGCAUGGAAUUGUUGAGAUCGGCGGGGAUGUGGAGGAGAUUGCUUGGGCGGACGAUGAGAAUGGUAGGGUCGUUAUGGGUGUCAGACAUGUAUCGAAGCCUUUCUGGGGUGUGCAGUAUCAUCCUGAGUCGGUUUGUUCCGAGGGUGGAAGUGAGAUUGUCGGGAACUUUUGGAAAAUGGCGACGGACUGGAAUACCAGUCGGGGUAGGGUUGCAAAAGCGUUGAGGGCGGAUUGGAAAGGGCAGUCGAGAGAGAAGAGUCUCAUGGAGUUGCAAGCAAACUCUGAGCGCGGAAAGCUGGGCGGUAGCCAGAAGGUGGAGGUUAGGACCGAAGAUAUUUAUGGGAAGGGGAUUUCCGCCAGCAGGAUUUGUGAGAUAGUGGGAGUUGAGGAAGCCGACGAGUUUAUUCUCUUGGAAUCUGCAGCUGUUCCGGGAAGGUUCAGCAUCAUUGGGGUUUUAACCCCCGGCCUGACACAACGGAUUAGUUACUCUUGCGGUGAUAACUUUCUGAAGCUAUCCUAUACCGGGGGUAACUCCUCGGAAACUGAGGUUGAUCUACGGGAUUAUGGAGGCAGCAUAUGGAGAUUCCUGGCAAAAUACAUGGACCAGCGCACGGCCACUGGAGGCAGGGAUGAUUCGCCCUUUUGGGGUGGAUUGGUCGGAUAUUUCAACUACGAGACUGGCGUCAGCAGUCUUGAUAUACCCAUCAAACCGCGCAAAGAGGUCGAAGGAAUGAAGAGGAGGUCGGAUGUCAACCUGGCUUUUGUGGAGAGGAGUAUAGUCCUAGACGGACAAACUGGGAAGAUUUAUGUCCAAACUCUCCUCCCUUCCGCUGCGGAUGGGAAUUGGUUAGAGUCUACCAAGAGACGGCUUCAACAGGAAGCCGACAUGGCGAUUACGCCGGCUGCUACUCCUCCGCCAGAGCCUUCCCCGAAACGUCCCCGCCGAUCUUAUGAGACGUCUCCUCCAAAACUAUCGCCAGUCGUAUACAAGCCAGACGCUGAAAAAUAUAUGCAAAAUGUCAAAACUUGUCAAUCUUAUCUUUCGACCGGCGACUCCUACGAGCUCUGCUUAACCGCCACUACUAAAAUUCAUCUGGAGCCGACAAACCCCUGGGCGCUCUACCGGCACCUAUGCGCUCGUAACCCCGCUCCUUAUGCAUCGUACUUUCGUCUCUCGAAAGCCACUCUCCUCUCUUCGUCCCCUGAGCGUUUCCUCUCUUGGUCCCGCACCGGAGCUUGCCAACUCUGUCCCAUUAAGGGCACCGUGAAAAAGACUCCCACAACAACCUACGACUCGGCCAGCGUUAUAUUAAACACACCCAAGGAGCGUGCGGAGAAUCUGAUGAUCGUGGACCUCAUUCGCCACGACCUCCACCGCCUUGCAACAGAUGUCUCCAUGGAGAAACUAAUGGUCGUUGAGGAAUACGCUUCCGUUUACCAGCUUGUAUCUGUUAUCACUGGAUCUGUGGAUCCCCAAGACGGCAUGACCGGAUUCGACGUACUCGCCCGUAGCCUACCACCAGGAAGCAUGACCGGCGCGCCGAAGAAACGAAGCAUAGAAAUCCUGCAGGAGAUCGAAGAAACAGAGAGAGGGAUUUACAGUGGUGUCUUGGGCUACUGGAGUGUUUGUGGCGCUGGCGACUGGAACGUGAUUAUUCGUUCCGCGUUCAGGUAUGACGACGAGGUUGCCACUGCAGAGGAUGGGAGCCAGAAGGAGGUUUGGAGGAUUGGAGCUGGUGGCGCAGUUACGGCUUUGAGUGGGCCUAAGGCAGAGUGGGAGGAGAUGGACGUUAAGCUUAGUGAGUUGCUCUCUUUAUUGUGUCGUAAAGUUGGUGAUGUGAGGCUAAUUGUUACAGAUUCGACUUUGAGAGCUUUCGUGGGCGAUUUUUGAGAAAUUUCGUCUCGAGGGCUCACGCUGUGGACAUUCUGAAGCAAGUGAGGUGUAAACUGUGGGAUUUGUUUUUUUUUUCAUGGUUUUCAGAGAUUUUUCUUCCCUUUUCUCCGGUAUUUCACUAGCUUCACUUACCUGGAUGUCUUUACUGUUACAUAUACCCCUUGGAUUCCUGCUUUUUGUUUUCUUCUGUUUUGUUCUCACUCGUUGGCGCGCCGUUCGACUGGCCGAUCGUUCAUGGCGGGGCGGGCAGGUUCCUUUUUUUUUCCGGACUUUUUGCGUUGCUGUGGAGUCUUUGAAUUUCUGGGCCUGGUGGCUGCUUUCAGGCUUGCUGCUUUCGCUGAGAGAUAUAAUGGCCCAUGUUUUGUUGUUUUUCGCCGAAGUUGUGCCUCUUUCAUAAAGUGGCUUGUUGAGCGAUUACAUAUACUGGCACCAUAAAAGCUUUUGCGAUCUGCUAUCCCUCUCAGGUCGUUAGCCCCAGGAUUCAGAGACAAAAGUUCUUGAGUAGGAGGAUCAGUGCCUACCUGACACGGUGUAGUCUGAGUAAAUUGGACGUGUUAGAUCUCAAUAAUAGUAUUUGCACUUCCAU